GAUUUGCAGAAACGUUGACGCACAGCAAGUUGCACGGCAACAUAUGGUCAUCUCACUGUUGACAUCCGUUGACCUGCUGCUCUGAACAUGGCCCUUGCGUACUUCACUGUUCAUCGCGCCCUGGCCUCCUCGUCUCCAUAAUGGCGAGUCGAUCGCGGCCGUCUUCCUCCGCUUCCUCCUUCUCGUGGCUGGUGGUGGCCCUGCUGGCCAUCGCAGUGGCGACGUGCAUUCGCGAUCCGAAGGCUCUGGAGCUCGCAGUGCGUCGCGUUCUACUGGAGACCAACGUGCCUGAUGCAUUUCAUAGUGAGGUCGCGGUGGACUGCGCCGAUGCGCACCAAUUCCUGACAGACACGAUGCCAGUCAAGGGGUUCCACGUGUUGUGCAUCGAGACGACGGCGAGUGACACGCUAAAAGUGACUGGGUUUAAGGACGGAAUGCAUGCAAACAGCUCAAAGGAGACGACAAGGGAUCUAGAGGCGUUUACACGUGUGGUGGAAGAAGAAAUUCUGCAAAUUCCAGAGCCGACUGAUGAGUAUGCUCGCAAGUACAAGCAACCACCAGCGUAUUUCACUCCAGAUGGAGAGAGGCUGGAGAAGAACAUCACCGUGCUGCAAAAUCGGAUCGUGUUCUUGUUCGAGGGCGGCCAGUUCAUCUGGCCCGGAAUUCGUAUAGGACACAAGACACUGGUAAAGAACACCUUCGGCCGUGGUGAUCUCGUGCUGGAGACGAUCAGUAUGACGCCGCUCGUGUUCAGCGUGGAGGAAUUUCUCCGUGACGACGAGAUCGACAUCAUCCUGGAACUGUCGAUGCCGCACCUGGCGCCGUCUGGCGUGACACUGCAGGACGGCCAUGAGAACCGACCGGCCACGGACUGGCGCACUAGCACGACAUACUGGCUGGACUCAUCCAGCCACCCUGUGGUGCAAGACAUCGAUAAACGCACGGCCGACCUCGUUAAGGUGCCGAUCAGCCACCAGGAAUCCGUGCAAGUACUGCGUUACGAGCACACGCAGCACUACGACCAGCAUUUGGACUACUUCUCCGCUGAACGCCAUCGUAACUCGCUUGACGUCCUAAAGCGGAUCGAAUACGGCUACAAGAAUCGCAUGAUCACGGUGUUCUGGUACAUGUCGGACGUGGCCAAGGGCGGCCACACCAAUUUCGCUCGUUCAGGUGGCCUGCCACGCCCUUCUUCCAACAAGGACUGCUCACAGGGCAUUAGCGUCGCGCCGAAGAAGCGCAAAGUGGUCGUGUUCUACAGCAUGCUACCGAAUGGCGAAGGAGAUCCAAUGAGUCUGCAUGCUGGCUGUCCAGUCGAAGAAGGUAUCAAACUGUCGGGCAACAAGUGGGUCUGGAACAAACCUCGCAGCGAUGACGACUAGCAAUCGCCAUUAAUUGUAGUUCUGUGUUGAAGUAGCCCGUCUGAAUCAAACAUCUAUUGCACAAAAUUUACAGUAAUAAGGUUA